CAAUCUCUAUCCCAUAAGUUUAGCUCGCAAUAAAUUCCCGUCAUCGUGAUCAUCCAUUCCCAUCGUGGAAGCGAUAAGUAGCUCGUGCAUUUGAAUCGCACUUCUCGUCCACAUGUUGUUCACGGAGGACUCACUAGUGUGACCAGUUGGUGUCCAACUUCGACGGCGUCAACAUGAGGCGGGCAUACAAAAUCGGAGCUGCAGUGGUUGGCGUCGCUGUCGUCAUCGGCAUCGUUCUUGCUGUCAUAUUCGCCAUACCGGACAGCAAGAAACCAGAGGAAAAAGAGGUUGUCGUUACAAUUUUCCAUUUCAACGAUUUCCAUGCAAGAUUUGAACCAAUUUCAUCUAGCGGCGGACCCUGCCCAUCAGGAGGUGAUUGCUUCGGUGGAAUUGCCCGAUUGGUCACUGCUGUGGGCAGGCGCACGCUUUAUAAAAAUUCAAUCGUCCUUAACGCCGGUGACAAUUAUCAAGGAUCGCUCUUGUAUACACUUUUUAAAUACAACAUCACGUUGCCAAUGAUGAACAAGUUCCAUUUUGACGCAGCUACUUUUGGAAAUCAUGAGUUUGACGAUAAAGUGGCUGGCCUAUAUCCAUUUGUCGAUGGAUUUAAUGCCCCUCUGGUCGCUGCCAACAUGGACGCAUCUUUAGAGCCCGAUUUGGAUGGAAAAUUCAAAGCAUCAGAAAUUAUUUACAGAGAUGGAGUUAAAAUUGGCAUUGUUGGAUGCAUUACAAAAGAUACACCGGCGAUUUCCAGUCCUGAACAAGUAAAAUUUAAUGACGAAAUUGAAGCAGUGAAGAAGGAGGCUGCAAAACUGCGAGAGCAAGGGGUGAAAAUAAUUAUUUUACUAAGCCACAGUGGAUAUGAAGAGGACAAAAAGAUAGCAGCUGCAGUCCCUAGCAUUGACCUCAUUGUCGGCUCUCACUCUCAUACUUUCCUGUAUACAGGUGAACCUCCGUCAACUGAUACUCCUGAAGGUGAAUACCCCACUGUCAUUGAGCACAACAACGGAAGGAAAACUCUGAUCGUGCAAGCUUACGCGUAUAGCAAAUACCUAGGAUUCAUUCAAAUCAAAUUUGACAAGUCUGGUGAUGUGGCGUCAUGGGAAGGGAAUCCGAUCCUUUUGGAUAAAGGCGUGCCUGAGGACCCCGCAACUGUCGCUGAGCUUCGGCCUUGGGUAGAAGAAGCCUCUGUCGUUGGCUCGGUCCCCAUUGGCACAAGCGCUGUUUUUCUGGAACAGGAAACAUGCUACGACAAAGAAUGCAACUUGGGAAAUCUCCUUGCGGAUGCAAUGGUCUUUGAGUAUGCAGAGAUCGUCAACGAUGAUGCAUGGACAGAUGUAGCGAUUGCAUUAAUUAAUCCUGGAGGUGUACGAGCACCAAUGGGUGAAACCUCAAAUUUAACCUUCAACGAUAUUGUUACUGUUCAACCGUUUCAAAACAUGGUAAAUACAAUUGAAAUGCAAGGAAAGGACAUUCUGGAACUCAUGGAGCUCGCUGCAACGCCUCCGUCAUACUACAAAAGGGUGAAAAGUUUUGAAGGCAACAAAGGCUGCUUCCAAGUAUCAGGAAUGAAGGCGACAUAUGAUUUUAGCAAGCCAGAGGGCUCGAGAGUGGUUGACCUGAAAUUAAAAUGCUCAAAGUGUAAAGUUCCUGUAUUUGAGCCUGUUGAUUUGGAGCGAUGGUACAAAAUCGCCAUGCCGUCUUUCCUGACAGAUGGAACCGAGUUUGCGAUCAUUCCAGAACGAGGAAGGAACAAGACUGUCGGCCGCGUCGACACCGAUGUUACUUCAUCAUACAUCAAAAGCAAAAGUCCUAUUUCCAUUGGGAAUGAGGGGCGAAUCAAAAUAAUUGGAUAAAGUGCAAUAAGGUGCUUUAUGUUUGCUCAAGUAGAAAUGUGUAUAAAAUAAAUAUUUAUCUCUGAA